AUGUCGGUCCCCGAGUCUGACACGCACAUGAUCGGCGAUAAUGGCACCGCGUGGCCGUUCCAGCCUUCGAUGAUGGCGUAUAUACCCCCAACCUCAGCUACCACGACUCGACUCGAUAACUUCGAACCGGGACAGAUGGACGUGUGGCCUGGACGCAUCAAUAACCCAUAUGUGCCGCAAGCCUCGGCGGUUCCUCAAUUACCCAUACAUGGUAGUUCCGUCACAGCGAUUGGGAAUGCGGUUUCAAUCGGUCAUCAAGCUCUCCAGAGCAGUCCGGACUCGAACCUGCUUGCCUUGGGCCACCAUGGGCCCGACCCGCGUCAAUGGAUAAUUCCGCACACGAUAUACGCAGGCGGCCCGCCCCCGGAUACCCCAGUUCCACCCGCUGUUCUGAGCAUCUUCGUGGGCGAUAUUCUUGACCUUGGACGCCUCGCGCGACUCAAGACGAUGGACCUGCACCACGUUCCCGCGUUCCCCGAUCCUGAGGGAUAUCGAGAAAAGAAGAAGUUCACUGUUCGGUUCGCGUUCGAGGGGAUUCCUAUCAACGAAGAUCCCCCUCAAGUAAACGAAUACCGCAAACCUGAAGGGUCUGCAAAGCGCGUGCCCCUCACACGGACGGAUUUCGCCGUCGUCGUCGUGAAGCAACUGUGCAAAUUCCUCUGCGGCAAACAACUGCGGCUCAGAGGCCGCGUCGUUGACGUCGGACAUCUCGUCAUCCUCGAAAUCGGCCGCCCUUCUAAAGGGAGCGUCCAGCCCGUCUUCAUGAUCCAUCCCCACUUCUGGCCUCUCUACGCAUGA